UUGGCGGAGAGUUUGAUAUGGAAUUAAAUUUUGUCAUCCAAGAUGCACAAAAUAUUAAACAUAUGUUAGAGCUCUUAGAUCAUUGUCCAGCUAAUUUACAGGCUGAAAUAUGGAGUGUGUUCAUAGCAAUUUUAAGAAAAAGUGUAAGAAAUCUUCAAGCUUGUACAGAUGUUGGUUUAAUUGAACAUGUACUUGUUAGAUUACAACGCUCAGAAACAGUUGUUGCAGAUUUAUUAAUAGAAAUGUUAGGAGUUUUAGCAAGUUAUAGUAUAACAGUUAAGGAACUUAAGUUGUUAUUUGGUACUAUGAAGGCUGUUAAUGGAAAAUGGCCAAGACAUUCGGCCAAAUUAUUAAAUGUACUUAGACAAAUGCCACAUCGAAAUGGUCCAGAUGUGUUUUUUAGUUUUCCAGGAAGAAAAGGAUCGGCAAUUGUACUCCCUCCUCUAGCCAAAUGGCCAUAUGAAAAUGGUUUCACAUUUACGACGUGGUUCCGAUUAGAUCCAAUUAAUUCUGUGAAUAUAGAAAGAGAGAAACCCUACCUUUAUUGUUUUAAAACGUCGAAAGGUGUUGGAUAUACAGCACAUUUUGUCGGUAAUUGCCUUGUUCUAACAUCUAUGAAGGUGAAGGGGAAAGGUUUUCAACAUUGUGUAAAAUAUGAAUUCCAGCCUAGAAAAUGGUAUAUGAUAGCGAUAGUGUAUAUAUAUAAUCGUUGGACUAAAAGCGAAAUAAAGUGCCUAGUAAAUGGACAAUUAGCGUCUAGUACCGAAAUGGCGUGGUUUGUUUCGACAAAUGACCCAUUCGAUAAAUGCUAUAUUGGUGCAACACCAGAGCUCGAUGAAGAACGGGUUUUUUGUGGACAAAUGUCAGCCAUAUAUCUAUUUAGUGAAGCUUUGACAACUCAACAAAUUUGUGCCAUGCAUCGAUUAGGUCCUGGAUAUAAGUCACAGUUUCGUUUCGAUAAUGAGUGCUAUCUAAAUUUACCGGACAAUCAUAAACGGGUACUUUAUGAUGGCAAAUUAUCAAACGCAAUAGUUUUUAUGUAUAAUCCAGUUGCGACUGAUGGUCAACUUUGUUUACAAUCAGCACCAAAAGGAAAUGUUUCAUAUUUUGUACAUACACCGCAUUCUCUUAUGUUACAGGACGUUAAGGCUGUUGUUACACAUUCUAUACAUUGUACAUUGAAUUCAAUCGGAGGAAUUCAAGUUUUAUUUCCACUAUUUUCUCAAUUAGAUAUGCCCUAUGACGGAUGUAAUGAUGUGAAACGUGAUCCAACAUUAUGUUCUAAACUUCUCGGAUUUAUUUGUGAACUAGUUGAAACAUCACAAACUGUUCAACAACAUAUGAUACAAAAUCGUGGAUUUUUAGUUAUUUCAUUUAUGUUGCAACGAUCGUCUAGAGAACACUUAACGCUAGAAGUUCUUGGAUCGUUUCUUAAUUUAACAAAAUAUUUAGUUACAUGCCUUUCAGCAAAUAGUGAUUUACUGUUGAAACAGUUGGGCUUUUGCUUUCAUUAUAAGGAAAAACUUUUUUGUUUUUCAUUUUUAACAUGGCAGCUACUGGAUCAUGUACUAUUUAAUCCUUCAUUAUGGAUUUAUACACCAGCAAAUGUCCAAGCUAGAUUAUAUUCAUAUUUGGCAACUGAAUUUCUAAGUGAUACACAAAUUUACAGUAAUGUUAGACGUGUUAGUACUGUUUUACAAACCGUGCAUACAUUAAAAUAUUAUUAUUGGGUUGUGAAUCCUCGAGCUAAAAGUGGUAUAAUACCAAAAGGAUUAGAUGGCCCACGUCCAGCACAAAAAGAUAUUUUAGCAAUACGUGCUUACAUAUUGUUAUUUUUAAAACAAUUAAUUAUGAUCGGAAAUGGUGUUAAAGAGGAUGAAUUGCAAAGCAUUUUGAAUUAUUUAACCACAAUGCAUGAAGAUGAAAAUUUACAUGAUGUUUUACAAAUGUUAAUAUCAUUAAUGUCAGAAAAUCCAAGUUCAAUGGUACCUGCUUUUGAUGUUAAACAUGGUGUUAGAUCAAUAUUUAAAUUAUUGGCUGCCGAAAGUCAAUUAAUUAGAUUACAAGGGUUAAAAUUAUUAGGAUUCUUUUUAUCGCGUAGUACACAUAAGCGAAAAUACGAUGUUAUGUCACCCCAUAAUUUAUAUACAUUAUUAGCUGAACGUUUAUUAAUGUACGAAGAAUCAUUAUCGUUACCAACGUACAAUGUUUUAUAUGAAAUUAUGACCGAGCACAUUUCCCAACAAAUUUUAUACACAAGGCAUCCGGAACCCGAAAGCCAUUACAGAUUGGAGAAUCCAAUGAUUUUAAAAGUCGUUGCUACGCUAAUUCGUCAGUCAAAACAAACUGAGCAAUUAAUUGAAGUUAAAAAACUAUUCCUAUCAGAUAUGACUUUAUUAUGCAAUAGUAAUCGAGAAAAUCGUCGUACAGUAUUACAAAUGUCCGUAUGGCAAGAAUGGCUAAUAGCAAUGGCUUAUAUUCAUCCUAAAAAUACGGAGGAACAAAAAAUUUCGGAUAUGGUUUAUUCUUUAUUUCGUAUGCUAUUACACCAUGCCAUAAAAUACGAAUAUGGUGGAUGGAGAGUGUGGGUCGAUACUUUAGCUAUUGUUCAUUCAAAAGUUUCAUAUGAAGAAUUUAAACUUCAAUUCGCUCAAAUGUAUGAACAUUACGAAAGGCAAAGAACUGAUAAUAUAACGGAUCCAGCUUUACGGCAAGCAAGGCCGAUUAGCACAAUAAGUGGCUGGGAGCGCGAACGUGACGAGCCUCUUCAACAGCAACAAAUGCCUCCUCAACAACAGCAAAAUAUAACAAAUCAAGUUGUGCCUACGAAUAUAGAAAAUAGUUUAAAUAACGGGGUGACGGUAGAUUCAUCGUCAUCUGUUAAUAUAGAGGAAGAUGAUAGAACGAGUGAUAGUAAUAAAAAUGUUCAAUUAGGUUCAAAUCACAAACGAAUACAGUCACUUCAGCGACAUCAACAAGAACAACAAACUAGUAAUUCAUCAUCACCAAAAACGCCUGUUGGCAGAGUUAACAAAAAUGAGCAAGUUAAUGAAGAGGAAAUAAAUUUGGAAAAUUUGAAAUGUGCAUGCGAUGACGAGAACAAUGAAAGCUCUACAGUCGAAAUUAAUUCCAAGGUACAAAACCCCACGGAAAUAAUUGAAAAUAAAAACAAAUCCUGUGUAGCAAAUAUUACUGAUGUUUUUAAUGCCCAGAUUAAAGGAGAAGUAGUUUGUAACGGUAAUACAACUACAUCAGAUAGUGGUAACACAACCGAAGAUGAAAAAUCACCAGCUAAGGUCGCACUUAUAUCAAGUGGGGAGCAAGCUUUACGUCAGGUAUUGGAAGUAGAGGACGAUACGGAGGAGAACUUGGAAAAUUUAAAAGAGAAAAUUAGUGACGAAGAAAUGAAGGAAAUUGUUGAGGAAAUUAUAGAAAAGUCUGAAAAAUUAUUAGAUGAAUGUAAAGAAACACACGACGUAUGCGUAAUCGAAAACCAAGCAACAUCGACUUCACCUGUAAUAAAAGAUGAAGAAAUAGAACUAGCUGUUAACGAAGUUGUUCAAGGUGUUCUAAAAAGUGAUAAAAAACCUAUAACAUUAAAUGAAAUAGAAGGAACUGGUAAAAUUACAGAAAAAGAUACAGAAUCGAGUACGAAAACUUCUGACACGAUAAAAAUGUCAACAGCAGAUGUUGACAAUAACAAUAGUAGUGAUAUUACCACGACAACCACAUCAAAUAAGACAACAACAAGGAGUGAUGAUGCAACUGUAGAUAAAGAAAUCAUUGAUAAUCAAAAGACUGAUUUACUGUUAUCAAGUGCAAUAAUAACAAAUAAUUUAAAUAAUCUUAAUAAUAAUAAUAUUAAUAAUAAUAAUGAUAUUGAUAGUAGCAUCGAAAUUAGUCUUAAUAGUAACACUACAUCAACAAACACAGAAACAGAAACAAAAACUGAAUCAAGUUCAAUAAUUAGUGAUAUUAGUUCAAUUAAGCCAGCCGACGAAAUUAAAGAAAUUGUAAGUGAAAUUGUUAACAAAGUCAUUGAUGACAGUAUAGAAAAAGCCACUUCACCAGUAAUAGCACCAGAAACAUUAGAUGCCAAUAAUAGUUAUAAUUGUAAACAAACUGAAAUUCAUAAUGACAAUCUAAAUAACAAUAACAGUGACAACAAUUCAACUAAACCUGAUUUUAUGAAUGAUGAACUUUCAAAAACGAGUAGUGAUGAAAUACAGUAUAAUUCCGAUGAAAUUCCUACUGUUGAGGAAGUUGUAGAAAAUAUUAAAAAUGUUGUUGAUAAUGUAAUCGAUACGGCAGCUAAUCAAGCUGAUAUUAUCAAAACUGAUCUUAAUGAAAGUUUUGCAAAAUCAAUCGUUUAUGAAAUUGCUGACAAUUGUGUUGCUGAUGAUUCAGCGAAAUCAAUUCCUGAAGAAUCAACAAUAACAAAUAAUAAUAACAAACAGUUGGAAGAAGAAGAAGAGGAAAAUGAAAAAAUAACAGGAACUGAGGUAAUCCAAAAUAUCCCAGAAGAAAUGACAUGUAUUAGUCCAGUUGAUACACAAGAGUCAGAUGUGCUUCCAACAGAAUCACAUAAAAGUAUUGAAGGUGGAAAUAUGAUGAUAGAAGAACCGCGAUACAGUCAACCUAAGCGAUCACAAAGUGCGAGUACUCAAGUCGAGAAUAAUCACUUCGAACAUAAACGAACUAAAUCUGGUUCAACAAGGCCAAUGUUCAGUCCAGGGCCUACAAGACCACCAUUUCGUAUACCAGAGUUUAAAUGGUCUUAUAUUCAUCAACGUCUUUUAUCUGAUGUUUUGUUUAGUUUGGAAACUGACAUUCAAGUAUGGCGAAGUCAUUCAACGAAAAGUGUUCUAGAUUUUGUUAAUUCAAGUGAAAAUGCAAUUUUUGUUGUAAAUACAGUACAUCUAAUAUCACAAUUAGCAGAUAAUUUAAUUAUUGCCUGUGGUGGCUUAUUACCGUUGUUAGCUAGUGCAACAUCACCUAAUUCGGAAUUGGAUGUUUUAGAACCAACGCAAGGUAUGCCAUUAGAAGUGGCUGUAUCAUUUCUACAACGUUUAGUUAAUAUGGCAGAUGUACUUAUAUUUGCAACAUCACUUAACUUUGGUGAAUUAGAAGCUGAAAAAAAUAUGUCAAGUGGUGGUAUAUUAAGACAAUGCCUUCGUCUCGUUUGCACUUGUGCGGUUAGAAAUUGUUUGGAAUGUAAAGAAAGGACUAGAUAUAAUAAUGGUGGUGGUAUAGUUGCACGUGAUGUACCCGGUGCAGCUCAUUUACAAGCACUUAUACGUGGUGCUCAAGCAUCACCUAAGAAUAUUGUGGAAUCUAUAACAGGUCAGUUAUCUCCUGUUAAAGAUCCUGAAAAAUUAUUACAAGAUAUGGAUGUGAAUAGAUUGAGAGCUGUCAUAUAUCGUGACGUGGAGGAAACAAAACAAGCCCAAUUCCUGUCAUUAGCGAUUGUAUAUUUCAUCUCGGUAUUAAUGGUAUCAAAGUAUCGCGAUAUAUUGGAGCCACCAGCUGAACCACAGCAAAUAUCAAGGCAAUCACCGAUAAUGCAAAGAAAUCCUGGUACAGAACCACCUUCACGACCUUUAUUCCCACAAUGGUCUCAUCAUGUUUACCCUCAAUUUCUGCCUGGUUCACAAAAUCAAUAUACGCAAUCAACAGCAACAACACCUAUCGGAGGACCUUCAGCUGGAAUAAUUAAUCAAAAUUCUCAAUCACAUUUCCAUCAGUCACAACAGCAAAUUUCAAACCAAAUAGCAUGUAAUCAAAAUUCACAGCAACAGCAAUUACAACAGCAACAAUAUAAUAAUUAUCAACAUUAUCAUAAUCAUUACAAUAGCCAUCAAUCACCAUAUAUUAGUGGAAAUGGAAAUGGUGGAAAUUUAUCAUCGCCACAUAUGCAACAAAUGAACAGUAGUGGAAAUAAUACUGGAGCAACAAAUUCAUCAAACAGUAGUAUGAUAGCAUCACCACAACAACAUCAACAACAUAACAUUCAACAACAGCAUCAACUUAUAAAUAAUAGCAAUAAUAAUAUAAUUGGUGGAAAUCAUCAUCAUGCAAUUAUUAAUGGAUCACGUACAAUACAAGAUGGUGACUAUGAAAUUAUUGUUGUUGAUGAAAAUAAUCCAUCUGUUUUAGCUGAUAAUGAUUCACAUUCAAGUGGCCCACCAUCAAUAAAGAGUGUUGAUUCCGACGUUGGAUCUUUAAAUAUGAAUUCGACUGAAAAUGAAGUUCAUGAAGUAGAAUCAUCUAGUGAAAUAAUGAUUGAUGAUAACAAACCCGGAAAUUCGAAUGAUGAUAGUUGGACUGACGUUAACUUAAAUGAUGAUACAACUGAUAAAAUACGAGAUCCUGAGGGAAAUAUUCAUCAUAUAGGUGGUGAACGUGGUGACAAACCGGAUUCAGAAAUAUCCGUUGUACGAGUGCCUGAUAAUUUUCAAUCAUCCGGGCAACGUACACGUCCGGAAGAUAUACCAAUUAAACCACCUUUGGUAGGUCAGUUGCCAAUGACAACUCCAUCAAGAGAAGCAAGUCUUACGCAAAAAUUAGAGAUAGCUUUAGGGCCAGUUUGCCCACUGUUAAGAGAAAUAAUGGUUGACUUUGCACCAUUUUUAUCAAAAACACUCGUUGGAUCUCACGGUCAGGAACUUUUAAUGGAAGGUAAAGGAUUAACGACUUUCAAAAACAGUCAUUCUGUUGUUGAGUUAGUAAUGUUACUAUGCUCUCAAGAAUGGCAAAAUAGUUUGCAAAAACAUGCUGGUUUAGCUUUCAUUGAAUUAAUCAACGAAGGAAGACUUUUAUCACACGCCAUGAAAGACCAUAUUGUACGUGUUGCGAAUGAAGCUGAAUUCAUAUUGAAUAGAAUGAGAGCUGAUGAUGUCUUGAAACACGCUGAUUUUGAAUCGCAGUGUGCUCAAACUUUACUUGAACGAAGGGAAGAAGAACGCAUGUGCGAUCAUUUAAUUACAGCUGCUCGUCGCCGUGAUAAUGUUAUUGCUAGCAGAUUGCUUGAAAAAGUACGUAAUAUUAUGUGCAAUCGGCAUGGAGCGUGGGGUGAUACUAGUGGCACAGCGCCAAAAUUAAUAUAUUGGAAGUUAGACGCAUGGGAAGACGAUGCUCGGCGAAGAAAGCGUAUGGUACAAAACCCAAGAGGGUCCAGUCACCCACAAGCUACACUUAAAGCUGCAUUAGAAAACGGUGGUCCUGAAGAUGCUAUCAUGCAAACAAGAGAUGAAUUCCAUUCACAAAUUGCAGUAACGAGAUCUCACCAACCUGGACAACAGACAGCAGAUCUUUUAGAUGAUGCUGAUCUUCUGAUUGAAGAUCGCGAAUUAGAUUUGGAUUUAACUGGGCCCGUAAAUAUUAGUACUAAAGCUAAAUUAAUCGCACCAGGUCUUGUUGCCCCAGGUACGGUCUCUAUCACCAGCACUGAGAUGUUUUUUGAAGUUGAUGAAGAUCACCCAGAUUUUCAGAAAAUCGACCCAGAGGUAUUGAAGUACUGCGACCAUUUACAUGGAAAAUGGUACUUUUCGGAGGUCCGUGCAAUAUUUUCUCGUCGUUAUUUGUUACAAAAUGUUGCACUAGAAAUAUUUUUAGCAAGUCGCACAUCAAUUUUAUUCGCGUUUCCAGAUCAACAUACCGUUAAAAAAGUAAUUAAAGCACUGCCAAGAGUAGGUGUUGGAAUUAAAUAUGGAAUUCCGCAAACAAGAAGAGCUUCAAUGAUGUCACCGAGACAAUUAAUGCGAAAUUCAAAUAUGACGCAAAAAUGGCAACGCAGAGAAAUUUCAAAUUUUGAAUACUUAAUGUUCCUAAACACGAUUGCUGGACGUACAUAUAACGAUUUAAAUCAAUACCCGAUUUUCCCGUGGGUUUUAACUAAUUAUGAAUCAAAAGAAUUAGAUUUAAGUCAACCCUCAAAUUAUCGUGAUUUAUCGAAACCCAUAGGUGCAUUAAACCCAAGCAGACGAGCAUAUUUUGAAGAACGUUAUGAAAGUUGGGAUAACGAUACAAUUCCACCUUUCCAUUAUGGUACACAUUAUUCGACUGCUAGUUUUGUUUUGACGUGGCUGUUGAGAGUUGAACCUUUUACGAGCAUGUUCUUGGCUCUUCAAGGUGGAAAGUUCGAUUUUCCUGAUAGACUCUUUUCGUCAGUUUCCCUGUCAUGGAAGAAUUGUCAACGUGACACCUCUGAUGUUAAAGAAUUAAUACCUGAGUGGUACUUUUUACCUGAAAUGUUUUAUAAUUCAUCGGGAUAUCGUUUAGGAACACGCGAAGAUGGUACGCUAGUAUCAGAUGUAGAACUACCGCCAUGGUCUAAAUCUCCAGAAGAAUUUGUAAGAAUUAAUCGAAUGGCUUUAGAAUCUGAGUUUGUAUCUUGCCAACUUCAUCAAUGGAUUGAUCUAAUUUUUGGAUAUAAACAAAGGGGACCUGAAGCGGUAAGAGCUACAAACGUGUUUUAUUAUUUAACUUACGAAGGAAGUGUGGACUUAGAUACUAUUGUUGAUCCCGUUAUGAGAGAAGCAGUGGAAAAUCAAAUAAAAAAUUUUGGUCAAACUCCGAGUCAAUUGUUAAUGGAACCACACCCACCACGUAGUUCCGCAAUGCAUUUGUCACCAAUGAUGUUCAGUGCUAUGCCUGAUGAUGUAUGCAUGUCCAUGAAAUUCCACUUAAACUCACCAGUGAUUCAUAUAUCUGCAAAUACUUAUCCACAAUUGUCAUUGCCAUCUGUUGUUACUGUAACAGCUGGUCAUCAAUUCGCUGUCAAUCGAUGGAAUUGCAAUUACACGGCUUCCGUCCAAAGUCCGAGUUAUGCCGAAUCACCCCAAUCCCCGGGAGCUAACUUACCUCUUACAAUGGAUCCAGUUCUCUCGCAAACAAAUACACAUAACAAUCCAAUGAACAGACGACAUCUAGGAGAUAAUUUCAGUCAAAAGUUAAAAAUUCGUUCUAAUUGUUUUGUAACAACAGUAGAUAGCAGAUUUCUUAUUGCUUGCGGUUUCUGGGACAACAGUUUUAGAGUGUUUUCAACAGAAACAGCCAAAAUUGUUCAAAUCGUUUUCGGCCAUUUCGGCGUUGUAACUUGUUUGUCGAGAUCUGAAUGCAAUAUCACAUCAGAUUGCUAUAUAGCAUCUGGGUCAUCUGACUGCACUGUUCUGCUAUGGCACUGGAACGCAAGAACACAAAGUAUUGUUGGUGAAGGUGAUGUACCAACUCCUCGCGCGACUUUGACUGGCCAUGAACAAGCUGUGACAUCCGUCGUUAUCAGUGCUGAACUAGGUUUAGUUGUUUCAGGAUCAACCAAUGGUCCAGUACUAAUUCAUACAACUUUUGGGGACUUGUUAAGAUCAUUGGAUCCACCGAACGAUUUCAUAUCACCGGAAUUGAUAGCAAUGUCUCGAGAAGGUUUUAUUGUUGUGAAUUAUGACAAGGGUAGUGUAGCAGCUUAUACAAUCAAUGGAAAAGAAUUACGGCACGAAACUCAUAAUGAUAAUUUACAGUGCAUGUUAUUGUCACGUGAUGGAGAAUAUUUAAUGACUGCUGGUGAACGAGGGAUUGUUGAAGUGUGGAGAACUUUUAAUUUAGCACCUUUAUAUGCCUUUCCAGCAUGUAACGCCGCCAUCAGAUCUCUAGCCCUGACCCAUGAUCAAAAAUAUCUACUAGCUGGAUUAUCAACAGGCUCAAUCAUAGUUUUCCAUAUUGAUUUCAAUAGGUGGCAUCAUGAAUACCAGCAACGUUACUAAUUUUUUCUGUAUUCCCAGAAUUGUACUAUUAAUUAUCAUUCAGCCGUCCAACAACAUUUAAUAGAUCAAAGAAAAGAGUCAAGUAAAUACAACAUAAGGAAAAAUAUAAGAAAAAUUCAGCAAGGACUUAAAAAUACAAGAAAAAAAUUCUAAUAAAAACCAAAAAAAAUUAUUAAAAAAAAAAAUAACAUUCAAAAGAAAAAUUAAAGCGAAAAAAAAAAUUGACUAAGAAACAAACCACUUUUUGUAUGCACCAUAAAUUAAUAGGAUUUCAAAACAAAAAACAGAAAAUAAAGCUGGUUGAAAUUCCCACAGAAAUACAACUUGUUCGACUACAACAACAAAAAGCAUCAAUUAUUUUUUUCUGCAAAAUUUUUAAAUAUUUAUUAACAUCGUGAUAUGACAAAAAAAUGUACUUAAAAAAUCAUAUGAAUAAAAAUGAUAAACAACGAGUCGCACCGAAAUUUUCAAGAUAAAUAAUAAAAAAAUAAUUAAAAAAUCGUAGAAAAUUCAAGGGAGACUUGUGUACGUAUGACGAAAAUAAAAAAAAUCCGGUAAGCAACAUUUUUAUCAACAAGAAGAAAAAAACGCUUACAAAAAAACAAAGUAGGCAUUAAAAAUUAAGAGAUAAAGUACACCAUACAUGAUAUAAAGCAUAUAUACUUACACAUUCAUAUAAAUACAAAUACAAUAUAGACACAUAAAUAUACUUAUAUUAGCAUAACCAAUAAUUACAGAUUAGAUUUUUAUCAACAUUACAGUUGUUGUUUUAAGCGUAAAAAGAAUAUUUUUGUUACCUAUUGAAACAUUAUUAAAAAAAUUAAGUAAUUUAAAUAAAACCUAUAAAAAUAUAAAAAUAACAUAUUUUAAGGCGAAAUUUUAAAUAAUAAAAUAAUCAUUACAAAACCUUAAACAAAAAAAAACGCAACUUAAAUAAAAAAUUUUAAUACAAAAUUAGUAAAAAAAUAAAACUAUAAUUCAGAAUUAAUUAAUUAGAGAAGCUUAAAUUAAAAAUUUAAAAUCAAUUAGAGGUAUUCAAAAUCCAUUAAAAUUGAGAUAGUCUAGAUUAAUUUUGUUUUAUUUUAAUAAACGCUUUGUUUUUUUAUUAAAAAAGCUGUUUUACUUAUCAAAGGGUUUUUGAUACCAUUAUAAAAUACCACAGAAGUAUUAUAUUAAUAAACUGAAAGCUUUAUUGUUGGAUUGUUAAUAAAUUAAUAAUUACACUUCAACAAUUUAAGUCUAUUUUAUAUUAUUUUGCAUAAUACAAUUUUAAAAAAAUUUCUAAUCAAGACAAUUUUAAGAAACAUAGUAGUAUUGUUAAUUAAUUCAACUUGUAAUUUAUUGCUUUAAAUACAAUGUUCUAUAUAUGCGAAUACCUCUAAUAUUUUUCUAUGGGGUUGUAAAAAGCAUUAAAAUUAUAUAAUUAAAUUAAAAAAUAAAAAUACUAAAGGUACAUGGAAAUAUUGAAUUACUAUCGAUUUUUCAAAAUGAAGAAAAUUUAAUUAAAAAAAUUAACAGUUAAAUCAAAAGUAACAGAAACGUACACUUACACUGAUAAAAGUAAAAUUAAAAUAUAAUGAGCUGGACUAAUUAGAAAUAUUAUUGUUUUUCUUUCAACAAUUAA